AUGAGCGGUCCCAUCAACAUCGGCUCCACCGGCGAGUGGCAGUCGCUGCUCUCCAACACCAGCAUUGUCGUCGCAGACUUCUACGCCGACUGGUGCGGCCCUUGCAAGAUGAUUUCGCCUCACUUCGAGCGGCUCUCCAAGGAACACUCGCGCCCGAAGAAGGUGGCCUUUGCCAAGGUCAACGUCGACAGCCAAUCCGCCAUAGCGCGCACGCAAUCCGUCUCGGCCAUGCCCACCUUCAAGAUCUUCCACGCCGGCCAGUGCGUCGACACCAUCCAGGGCGCAAAUCCACCCGCCCUCGCAGAGGCCGUGACACGCGCGCUCAAGCUCGCCGACGCGGGCGGGAAGCCCGGCGCCGCCUACAAGACGCCCGGCCGCACCCUCGGCGGGGCGUCGCCGUCCCGGGGCGGCGGCAUGGGCCUUGGCGCGUGGAACUUGAGCGGCCUCGUCAACAUGCUCGUUGCGUUUGUGGGGCUGUAUCUCAUCUCUCUGUUUUCGUUUGAUGCGCGCAAGGCGGCAGAGUCGUCAUGGUUCAACGUCCACAAGAAGCCUACACCGCAGAAGCGGACAUCCUCAGGAGCGGCGCCAGCUGGACCAGCGCGGCCGCCACAGAAACCCGCCUUCCGGACGCUGGCUGACCUGGGCUCGGAGUGA